AUGAACUGGUCCAGUCGUUGGACUGAAACGUCCCAGGAAGCGUUGCGUUUCUGGUACCGCCCAGGUUAAAUGGACUGAACGGACAAACCUUAGGGGAAUUACUCACUAGAAGCACGAUGCCUCGUUCACAACCUCUGAUCGUCCUCCUGUGCGGCCUUCCCUUGGCAGCCUGUCUGACCUGCUACACCUGCGUGUUUCCUGCCAUCUCGCCUCUGGACUGCUUUAAGUUUCCCCAGGAGUGCCCGGCCGGCCAGCGCUGCCUGUCCAGUACCGCAACUGGGAAACGGGGUGCGCUGCAGCUGACCAUGUAUGAGAAGAGCUGUGCCAUCCCCGCCCAGUGCGGCGUGAGCGGCCAGAAAUACGCCUCCGGCCUCUACUUCAACUACACCAACGUGUGCUGCGAUGCCGACCUGUGCAACGGGGCCGCGACCGCUGCUGCCCUGGGCUGGGGGGGAGCAGCUCUCUGCCUGCUGCCGGCCUUCGCCCCCCUGCUGGCCUCGAGCUGCAGCUUCGCCUAGAGAGGCCGCCGGCGAAGACGAGUCCAUGUACACGCUGUGGUGCUGUUUCUGACGGUUCAAUCUGAAGGAAAGUUAAAAAAAGAAAACAGUUGUGUUUAAUGUUUUUGUAAUAUCCUUGUGAUGAAUCUUGAUAUUUAUAAAUCAUAAAUGUACAAUUUACCAGAAUAUAUUCCAAUACAAACAAAUUUGAGGCAGCAAUUACAGACUAAACCUUAGUUACUUACUUGAAUGAAGCCAAAGCCUUAAUCUUCAGUGACCCAGACAUGAAGAUGACAGUUCAGACUCAUCUCAGCCAAUCAGAUCGCGGAAUGAAAAAAAUAAACUCUUCUAAAUGAAUUAAAACUUACUUAAGCUGACAGUGUGAUUACAGAAGUCGCUGUCUGUGAUUAAAGAAGGUUCAUCUCACUGUUAUUGCCAUGAAAAGGAAACAUGUCAACAUUCGAUCUGUUAAAGAUAUUUUAUUGGGACAUUAAAAAAUGUGUUUGUAACAACAAUGUCUCUUUGAAAGAGCUUAAAAGUAUAAAAUACACUUCAGUUGUGCCGUUAGUUUGAUUGUCUUCAUCACCGAUUUAAAUUCUGGGGUUUAGAGGCCACACCAGCUGUUUGGUGGACGUUUAAGUGCAUCUAUGGCAAACAGCAAGAAAUACAACAAAAAAAAGGAAGCAUAUUGGUCCCAUGACAAAAUACACGCUUGACUACAAAUAAUAAAAUAAAUGUGGAUGAAAAGGAAACAGUAUGUUUGAAAUGAAUCCAACACAGUUUAAUCGUCCCUGACUUGUAUCAAAUCCUACAGUAAAAAGUGAAAAGGCUUCCACACUUGGAGGAAGGAAAUAUUAAAACACAACAGAAAUGAAAUUAUUCUGACACAAUCCCUUUAAACAAUAGAGAACAGAUGAAAUCCACAACGACUCAGUCACUUCUCACACCUGGCAGUUCAGUAGGGAAAGGGUUAACACGUGGACGGCAGCUGUGCUCACUCUCAACGUCGUCUUUUAGCCCAGUUUAAAUUGCACUUAGGUUUUACUUUAAUGACUUUUUCCCUGACGUGACAAACCUAAUACACAAUGACACAAACAACAAAAGAUGUUUGAAACCUUCAAAGCCUCAUUUCAUUCUUCAUAUGGUUGCGCAUAAACUCUACAGAAGCUGCUUAGACCGAAUACAUCAAACCAACACGUGACAGGGAACUGUAAUUUAGAGAUUAAGGUAGCAUUAAUUGGAGCGAAAAGGCUUUAAAUCCCAUGAAAAGACCAAAAUAACAUCUACUGUCUACUACUGUAUGCACUUACUGUAUGACACCGUGAAUCAGAAUAUUAGUUGAAAAAGACCAAGUUAGUUUAACUCUUCCUGUUAAACCACAAACAAAUGUUGUCAAACUGUCAGGAAGAACAUAUACCUGAUCUAAAUGCCAACUAUUAUUACGAAGCUAACAAAUAUUUAGACAAGUGACAAAAUGGGGUGUGCCAGAGUUAUUCCUUCACAGUGACAGACGGUUAAUCAGCCUUCAGGUAAAUAUGAGCAUCAGCGUAUGAGGACAUGUGCCAAAUGAAACUCUGGAACUGAUCUUUAUCAUGAAAAAGGCCGCUGUGUUUGUCUCCUGCACCAAAUGUGUGUGUAAUGAAAGUGUGUUCAAAAGUCAG